UAAAAACUGGAUAUUAUUAGCGACUGCUCGAGCUCAGAAUGCCACACAUAUUGAUUAUUACCUUACCAACACAAGGAGAUGAACACAGCACCUAAAAGAAGGUCCAUUUGUCAAGAAUGAGAGUUGAUAGGUCCAAUUGUCACCAGCCAGUACAUCCAGUAGAUAGAAAGUAAGGGCAUAACUCUAUGCCUGGGGAUGAUUGGGUAAACUCGCGUACAUUUUUAUAGUAGAGUGAAAAGGACUGUGCUGCAUCUCACUGGAUCAUUUCCCACCUCCAUGGACUGCUUUAUUAGUACAGAAAGCUUCAGAUCAGUCAACUCUCUCUCUUUCUAAAUGGAUCAGAUACAACACAAGUACGUUAACAUCAGAGGAGUGAAGCUUCACAUUGCAGAGAUUGGAACUGGUGUAGGUUCUUCGGUGGUGGUUUUCAUACAUGGUUUCCCAGAGAUAUGGUAUUCAUGGAGACACCAAAUGAUUGCCGUUGCUAAUGGUGGAUAUCACGCAAUCGCACCAGAUUUAAGAGGUUAUGGAUUAUCCGAGCACCAUCCAGAUCUUGAAAAGGCAUCCUUCGAUGACUUUGUGGAGGACACCAUUGCUAUCCUUGAUUAUUUUCAAAUUGAGAAGGCCUUCUUGGUAGGAAAAGAUUUUGGUUCCUGGCCUGUUUAUCUCCUCUCUCUUCUCCAUCCAACAAGAAUUUCUGGAAUAGUUUCAUUGGGUGUGCCCUUCUUUCCUCCCAGGCCUCUACGAUACAAGGACCUUCCCGAAGGUUUCUACAUCCACAGGUGGAAGGAACCUGGGCGUGCUGAGGCCGAUUUUAGCAGAUUUGAUGUUAAAACUGUGUGGGGGAACAUCUACAUUCUCUUUUCAAGAAAUGAAAUCCCUAUAGCAGAAAAAGAUAAGGAGAUUAUGGAUUUGGUGGAUCCAUCCACCCCUCUACCAUCAUGGUUAAGCAGUGAGGAUCUUGCAAUUUAUGCAAAUGCAUAUGAAAAAUCAGGAUUUGAUUCUCCAAUGCGAGCCCCGUACAAGGGACAGCGCAAAGAGUUCACCAUCAGUAACCCAAAGGUUCAAGCCCCAGUGCUGCUAAUUAUGGGUGGGCAAGACUAUUUCCUUAAAUUCCCUGGGAUUGAGGACUACUUAACAAGUGGGAAAGUAAGAGAAUGUAUGUCUGAUCUAGAGAUCAAGACCUUGCCAGAAGGAACCCAUUUCGUCCAAGAGCAAUUCCCUGACCAGGUAAACCAGCUAAUCAUCGACUUCCUCGAGAAACAAGUUCGAUCAAGUUCAUUAAAAUAAAGUCGUCUCCAUAUCAUUGAGACAAGAAAUGACUUGAUAAUUGUAUGGUGUUAUGUGUGGCAUGGCUAUCAUAAAACAGUACACAUACUAGUU